UGAAAACAGGCCAUAAAAGCCGAUAGCGCCGGUCCUGCGUGUUUAAAACGGCGCAGCGGGGACCAUAAAUCACGUUUAGGUGAACGUCCCGCGAGGCGGCAUCAGGAUUCCGAUUGUGAUCAUUAAUAGAAAAAACUAUCCGUGCAGACGUGAGUCCCCUGUGUGAUAUAUGAGCACGUGUGGGAAAGAUUAGUAAUCAAUAUUAUCUCAUUUGCAGCUGGAGAGCGGCGCGUUCAAAUUAACUGGGAUUUUUAAAAAGGCGAGUUGUUGGAACAGAAUACGCGGCGCGUCUGCGCGUAAAAUGAGCCAACGCUGUUCAGUGACGGGAUCGCUCUGCCGCCGCGUCAGGCGCGCGGUCGGCGUCAGCCAAACUUUUAAUGAGCCCCUCAGUCGUGCCGCUGGGAGCGCGUCGCCUCCUCUCGCUUCCGCGCGUCUGAGCGGAGCCGGACGAUGAUUCCAGCCGCGUCCGUUCGACGCGCGGCCACAGCACCUCGCGCCUCUGCUGUCGGAACGGGGCUCCGGUGCGAGCGCUACAGCGGUGACGUCAGGAGCGGAGAGCAGCCAGCGGCGAGCGGCGAGCGGCGCGACCUGGACAAAGUUCUCCGGCGCCGUGCGAGAGCGCGGAGCGCGGCGAACGCGGGCGGCGGGAGCGGCGAUCCGCGGGGCGAGCGAUGAAUAACGCGUCUGCGAGCCUGAACGCGAGCCGGCCGCUGGCCGGAGGCUCCGGGGCGCGCGCGGACCACGAACUCGUCAUCACCUCCACUUUCGGGACGCUUCUCUCCGCGGUCUACAUCAUCGGCGUGUCGGGGAACGUGUACACGCUCGUGGUGAUGUGCCACUCGAUCCGCUUGGCCACCUCCAUGUACAUCUCCAUCAUCAACCUGGCCGUGGCGGACCUCCUCUACCUCUCCACCAUCCCGUUCGUGGUGUCCACCUACUUCCUCAAGGACUGGUACUUCGGGGACGUGGGCUGCCGCAUCCUGCUCAGCAUGGACCUGCUCACGAUGCACGCCAGCAUCUUCACGCUCACCGUCAUGUGCGCCGAGCGCUACCUGGCCGUCACCAAGCCGCUGGACACGGUGCGACGCUCCAAGAGCUACCGCAAGGGGCUGGCGUGGGGCGUGUGGCUGCUGUCGCUCGUCCUCACGGUGCCCAUGAUGGUCAUGGUCGCCCAGACCACCAAGCACGCGCCGGACGGCGGCGUGAAGAGGAUGUGCGCGGCCACCUCGACGCCGCUGGCGUACAAGGUGUACGUGACGGUGCUGUUCGGCACCAGCAUCAUGGCACCGGGGCUCGUGAUCGGUUACCUGUACGUCCGCUUGGCGCGCACUUACUUGGAGUCGCAGCGCAACUGCGCGAUCAGCAGAGGCGGCAAGCGGUCGCCGAAGCAGAAAGUGCUGAUCAUGAUUUUCACCAUCGUGCUCGUGUUCUGGGCGUGUUUCCUGCCCUUCUGGAUCUGGCAGCUGCUGCCUCUGUAUCACACGCAGCCCCUGAGCCUGGCCUCGCAGACGCACACGUGCAUCAACUACCUGGUGGCGAGCCUCACGUACAGCAACAGCUGCAUCAACCCCUUCCUGUACACGCUCCUCACCAAGAACUACAGGGAGUACCUGAAGAACCGGCACCGGAGCUUCUACCGCUACACGUCCUCCUUCAAGCAGCGGCCGCCCAGCCUCUACUCCUGGGGGAAGUCGGCGUCCUCCAGCAAUCAGUUCGAGUUCAACUCCGAGACGCUGGCCAUGGGGACGCUCAAGUGAGGCGCGUGACAGGGCGAGGGGAGGCUUUUGGAACUGCACCAGGGGGCAGCAGCGUCACCCACGGGUGCCUCAGAGCAGCGUGGGGUCAGAGAUGGCGUGUGCGGGGUCGCAUGUGAAGGACACCGUGAUGGCGUAGCGCGUUCCCCACGUCACCCUCUCCACGCGGUGGAGGUUCUCCGAGCCGGAGGAGAAGAAGGAGACGCGCCCUGUGCGAGGAGGAGAGCGGAGGGUUAAGGCACUGGCAUUGUGGGAAAUCUGCUAAUCUGUUGUCGUCUUUUAUAAAGUGUCACUGUGUUUGUACAACUGACUCCAGCCCAGAAAGAAAAAUGUCCUGAUCUCAGAGUGCUGUUGAUGAGGAGAAGCUGGAGAAUGAAAGGAUGGAUGCUGCUUUCUCUGUGGGAUGUUCCUCUUUACUGGGCUGGCUAGGGAGCUUCAUCCAUUUAUGGACCAGUCUGGUUUAAACGCCACCAGCUCUGUCUGAGACUGACGACUGUAUUAAUAUUUAUACAGCUAGCUUCUGGUUGUAGCGCACUUGGAGGAGAUUUAUAUUUAAAAUGUUUCUAAACCAAACUUCCAAUGACUCCAUCAUUAUGUUAUCGUGAAUAAAAACCUGGACUCAAA